UUUGUUCGCAUAAUAAUAUUCAAACAUGAGUAUAUAUCGAUAUUGUUGAUUAGAAUUUGUUGUGAUUUUUCUUUUUAAACUUAAAUAUAAAAUGGAACGUCUUCAAAUAGAAGAAGCAUUUAUUACAUUAAAACCACUUUGUGAUUCUUUAAUGAAAAAUCCAAAUAUAAAAACUGCUUGUGAAAUUGCUAAUAUUUUACCAAAGAUUUCCGACAAAGUUAUUACGGAUUUAUUUGAAUAUAUUAUAUUUCCCUUUAUUAUACACUUAUCAAAUGAUAAAUUAAGUAAAAAUGUAAAAGAAGAAUUAAUAAAAACAGUACAGAUAAUAAUAUCAAAAGCAAAGAUAUCAAAAAUUAAAUAUUUUAAUGAAUUGUAUUCAUGUCUUUUAAUACAAAUUUAUGACAAAACACAAUCAAGCAUGGUGAUCAAAGAACAUGAAGAAUUUAAAGAAGCAGUACUUUCAUGCAUUAAGGUUUUGAUAAAUUCUUGUUUCACAGAUGUUUUAGAAAUUAUAUAUUUUAGACAAAAUGCUUCUAAGAUAGGCCAAGGAAUAUUAUUAUCAAUAACAAUAGGAAGAAUUGAAAAAUCAAAUCAUCUUAGAUUAAAAGCUAUUGAAACAGUAAUGACAUUAUGUCAAGUUGAUGAUGAAUCAAAUAAAUAUGAUGCUAUAUUGCAAAAUCAAGUAGCUGAUAUUAUUAUGUUAUUUUUACCUGGCAUUGUUAGUGGUUUACAAGAAAUAGCUGUAGGAAAUGAAACACAAGGACAUAAACUUACAAAAAUGGCAUUAAGAGCUUGGGGCAGAGUAGUAUCACUUGUAAUGAAAGAUAACAUACAAGAAGAUGAGAUAGUAUCAUUAAAUGAUUUGAUAAAAAUGAACAAUGAAAAGAAUAUUAAUCCAAUAGAAUAUUUUCCAAAUAUGAAAGAUCGCAGUGAAUUAGAAAAACAUCUUAAAAGUGCAACUAGAAAUAAAGAAUGGUUUAAUGCUUGUGCAAUAAAGCUUAAUGUACUUAUUCAACAAUUACAUAUAUUAAAAAAACAUCCUCAUUAUAAAGUUAGAGAAGAAUUAGUAGAAACUAUUCAUUUAUUGCUCACAUCAUGUCCUAGGAAAUAUGAACCAAAUAUUAUGUUAUUAAUAGAUUAUUUAAUAUCAUUAUCUGAAGAUGAAUUUGCUGUAGUUAGUGAAAAAGCUGAGAAAACAUUAAGCAUAAUUAAUACAAAUUUUAUGCAAAAUAAGAAUAUGAAAUCUUUAAUAGAAUUAUUAGAAGAAAACUUCUAUAAUCUGCUUAUAAAAUUACCUAGAAUUAUCAGAAAAUCCGAUGAUAAUGAUCAAUUAGCUUGUUUAAAUCAAAUUGCUGGUUAUUUAAAACUUCUUGGAGAGCAAAGAUUGCCCCAUAUUAUGAUGUCAGCAUCUCAUAUUCAUAGAUUAAUAUUGUCUCUUAUAUAUGUAUCUGAAAUAGAUUAUACUAAUGUCUCUCUUUUGCAAGCAAUAAAUGUUAAAGAUCUUGAUGAUCCAACAUAUUCAUAUGGAUCAAAUUUAUGGAAACGAUUUAAAUUUAUUCAAACUAAUGCAUGUGAACUUAAAUUUAUUACAAUAUGUAAAUUAGGUGAAUUUGGAGAUCUUCGAAUUUUAAUAGAUAACAUUUUUAGCCUCAUGUUCAAUGUUCCACAAUGUAGAAAAGAAUUAAUUUUGUUACUGAAUUGGAUAAUAUAUGUACCUGUUAAAGAUUCAUCAAUUUUACCACUUUAUAAAGAAAUUGUGGAAUUCUACAUAAAUCCUGAAUUUUGGUAUUCAACUAUUGAAAUUAAUGAUGAUACACCUCUACGAGUUGCACAGAAUAAUGUAGUACAAUGUUGUUUAUUAUUAGAAGGUUUAGGAUUAAUAGCUCAAAACUUAAAAUACAAUUAUGAUAGAUUUCUUCUUAAAACAUUGUACCUCGUUAUAGAAAGAGCAGGUAGUGCACAUAAUCUAAUCAGUUUUGUUGGAACCCAAACUCUUGAACAAAUUGCAAAAUCUCAACAAAACAAUACAAUAGGAGAUCUUUUACGUGCAAAUAUUGAUUACUUGUCAUAUCAUAUUAGUAUAAAAUUACGAAGAAUAGAACGCAAUCCUGAUGUACUUGAUGUUAUUGGAGUUAUCAUGAAAUAUAGUACAAUGGAUGUGUUACCUUGUUUGAAAGAAAUUGUUGAAGACGUACUAUUACAAUUAAAUAAUAGUUCAAAAAAAAACUCUUAUGCUUUUUUAAAAGUUUUUUACACAUUUACAAUAUGUAUAAAAAAUUUAGCAAGUUCUAAACAUGCAACAACAAUACCUGAGAUAAAUAUAGAUAUUAAAAAUGAAUCAUCCAAAAUUAUUCAAUCUUUCUUAGAGUAUUAUGAAGCAAAAAAAAUUGAUGAAGAUAUAGAUAAUAUAGAACAGUCUUGUGAAUUUAAAGAAAUGAAAGAGGAAGAAAAAGAAAAAUUACAAGAAAAUAUAGAGGAAAAAGAAUAUGAAACAAAUUUUAUGGAACAAGAAGGAAAAGAUAAAAAUAUACCAUUUUAUAUUAAAAUGAUUGAAGAUAUAAUGAAACAUUGUUUACAUUUCUUACCAUCUAAAGAAAUACAAAACUCAUUAAUUGCAAUGUUAACAUUACAAAAGGGUCUUGAAAUUUUAGCAAAUUGGGAAAAUCAACUAUUACCUAUUGUGCAUUUACUUUGGCAUCCAUUAGUAGAUAGAUUCUAUGAUGAAAAUAUAUUAAUAAUCAAUCGAGCAUGGCAAUUAUUAAAUGUGCUUUCAUAUGUUUCAAAAGAUUUUAUACGAUCUAGAACUCUUAAGCAAGUAUUACCUGCACUUUCAAAAUUUUUGUGCGAUUCGUCUAAAGAGAGCUAUAAUAAAAGUUCUGAUAGUAUUUAUAAAUUUACCCAAAUUUAUAAAUUGCAAAGAGAACUACUCUCUACUUUAGGUCAAAUAACAAAAAAUUUAUGUCUUCAUGAACGAGAAACAUUAAAUGUUUUAAGCAUUGCAGAACCAUAUCUUAAUAAACAUCAAAAUCCUACAUUACAAGCAUAUUGUGUAAAACUAUAUAAAGAUGUUGCAGAUUAUAAUAGUGAUAUUGUUUGGGUAAAAUGUCUUAGUAUUUUUAAUUCAAAAAUAACAAGAAUUAUUUCAGAUGCAACAUUUGAUAUUAAAGAUUUAAUGAUUAUUGAAAACAAUUCAUCAAAUGAAUAUAUCAAAAAUGUACAAAUUAUUAUAAAUUAUAUACAAAAUAAGAGUAUUAAAUGUGAUUAA